CCGAGAACCGCCCCAAACGGCGGAGUUCGGACGGCGCCGGCUGGACCUGAUCACUUUCUCUAAGUUUACAUUAUUUUUUUUGUACAGCUGACCAGUUUUCUCAUAUCUGCACCUGCCUUGGCUUUCUCUUGUUCAGUAAAUCGAAGCAGUAUAAUGGCCUCAAGCCUCCUGAAACCCACUAUUAUUCCCUCCUCGCAUCUCCACCCUCCAUUACCAACCACUGCGGAAACGAUGAAAACUCACUCCCCACUCUCAUCCAUUUCUUGCAAAACCACGAAGAACUCAAAUUUUGGGCAAAAGACUUCCAAGUUUUUAAUCAAAUCCUCACAGCAGAGUGUUGGGAUGACAGCGGAGGAGUUAGAGAAAGUUUCCCAGAUCAAAGUUGACCUUUUUGAUGCAUUUCAAGGGAUUGAUAGGGGCAUAUUUGGAAUAAAAAGUGAAAAGAAGAGUAAAAUUGAACAACUGGUGAAGCUGCUGGAAUCACAUAACCCAACCCCUGAACCAACUCUGUGUCUACACAAGGUGGUAGGAAGCUGGAAGCUUGUUUAUAGUACCAUCACUGUCCUUGGAGCAAAAAGAACAAAGCUGGGAUUGAGAGAUUUAAUCACUCUGGGAGAUUUCUUCCAGAUAAUUGAUGAUUCUGAGGCGAAAGCUGUUAAUGUGAUCAAGUUCAGUGCGAGAGGACUCAAUUUCUUGACCGGGCAGCUAAGAAUUGAAGCAUCCUUCAACAUUGUCUCCAAUUCAAGAGUUAUUAUAAGCUACACUAGCUCGACGAUAACUCCUGAUAAGUUGAUGAAUGUUUUUCGGAAAAACUUCGAUCUCCUAUUGGGAAUUUUCAAUCCAGAUGGCUGGCUCGAGAUCACAUAUUUGGAUGAUAGUCUCAGAAUUGGGAGAGAUGACAAAGGCAACACAUUUGUUUUGGAGAGAUCAGAAGAGGAAACAAAAUAAACGGAUUAUAGGUUUAUAGCCAUUUGUAAAGUCUAUCACAUUUAGACUUCGUUUUGUUUGAUUACUUGAGUAAACCUGUAAACCUAACCAAUCUCGGGGUAUGUUCUUUAAAUAUAACAAUAAAAAAGGUCAAUCGAGAUCUAUGUUCAAAAAAUUGUGAUGAAUCUUUACUAAUAAUUUUAUUUAAAAAUAGA